CGGGCCGAGCGCUCCAUGAGCCGCCGCGGGCGCUGCGCUCGCUCCCCGCCGCGGAGCCGCCGCGCCGCCGGAGCCGGGAUGUGACUCGCGGAGGGCUGGCGGACAGAGCUGCCCCGCCGCCCCCGGCCGCAGCAGACAGCGGACAGAAAAAUGAAAACCUACCCAGCCAUUGGUUUCUUCCUCCUCUUGGUGAUCAGCUAUGGCUCUUCAGAGAACUCCAGCACUCCCCGAGGGUGCGGGCUGGAUCUCCUCCCGCAGUACGUGUACCUGUGUGACCUGGAUGCCAUCUGGGGGAUCGUUCUGGAGGCGGUGGCAGGGGCAGGUGUGCUGACCACCUUACUGCUGAUGCUGAUUUUGCUGGUGAGGCUGCCCUUCAUCAAGGACAAAGAGAAGAAGAGCCCCCUGGGAAUGCACUUCCUCUUUCUCUUUGGGACUCUGGGACUGUUUGGGCUGACGUUUGCUUUCAUCAUCCAGGAAGAUGAAAUGGUGUGCUCUACCCGAAGGUUCCUGUGGGGAGUUGUCUUUGCUUUGUGCUUCUCCUGCUUGCUAGCCCAAGCCUGGAGGCUUCGCAGGCUCGUUCGCCAUGGGAAGAGCCCGUCUGGCUGGCACCUGGCCGGGGUGGCCACCUGCCUGAUGCUGGUGCAGGUCAUCAUCGCAACCGAGUGGCUGAUCCUGACCAUUGUCAGAGAUAACAAGCUGGCCUGCAGCUACGAGCCCAUGGAUUUUGUGAUGGCUUCCAUUUACGUUAUGUUCCUGAUGGUAUUUACCAUGGGAUUUUCGUUUUUCACUCUCUGUGGGAAGUUUAAGAAAUGGAAGAAGAACGGAGUAUGCCUCAUUAUAACGCUUUUCUUUUCCAUUCUGAUCUGGGUAGCCUGGAUGACUAUGUACCUCUUCGGUAAUGCCGAGCUCCAGAGAAGAGACAAAUGGAGUGAUCCCACCCUGGCUAUUGCACUGGUGUCCAGUGGCUGGGUGUUUGUUAUUUUUCAUGCCAUCCCAGAGGUCCACUGUACCAUCCUUCCAUCACAGCAGGAAAACACACCCAAUUAUUUUGACACUUCACAGCCAAGGAUGCGUGAAACCGCUUUUGAGGAAGAUAUACAGCUUCCUCGGAGCUACAUGGAAAAUAAAGCCUUUUCAAUGGAUGAACAUAAUGCAGCGCUAAGAACGGCGGGAUUUCGGAACGGCAGUUUGGGAAGCCGGCCUAGUGCUCCUUUUAGAAGCAAUGUUUAUCAGCCAACUGAGAUGGCAGUUGUGCUAAAUGGUGGGACUAUACCAACUGCUCCGCCAAGUUACACUGGACGACACCUCUGGUGAAAGGCUGUAGGCUGUAGAGAGUAAGAAUCCUUGUUGCAGAUGUUGUUCCCUGGCAGUGUGUCUUUGAGGGAAGGAAUCCAUAACAGUACCAGAACAAAGCAACAAAACAUCCAGGAUCUUUCUAAAUCCUGCUGAGGAUUUUGCCUAAAUGUGAACACCACUGAAUGGAGAAUUGCAAAAGCAAAAUUGUAAAACCGAAGCUGAAUCUAAUUUAAAACAGAAGUAGGCACACCUUAAAUUGGCAGAGGGGAUAUUGUAUUCUGAAGUGCAAGAUAUUCUCCUGUCUGUAAUUUGUGUGCCAGGCAAGCCUGGUUUUGGUAGUUGCCAGUUGCUUGCAAAAUACCUUCCUCUCACCUAAACUUAAUUCAUGUUGCCACAAGAGAUUGCCGCUACGGUGUGAAAACACGCGGGAUUUCUUUCCAUUUUCCUCCUUUUCCUGUCAUUUCCAAGGCCACGGGAAGUCCCGCGCUGGCUGCCUGCCGAGCUGUUCCGUGGGCUCCGGGGGCCCGGCACACGCGUGGGGCAGCGCCCGGCCGCAGGGAUGAGCCCUGGGGCGAGCCCAAGGCGCUGCCCGAGGGAUGUUGGGCUGGUUUGGGCUGAUUUGGGCUGGGCUGAGCUGGGCUGGGCCGGGCCGGGGGCCAGGCAGGGCUGGCAGCGCAGAGGGUGAGACCCCCGAGCCCCCGUUCGUACGAGCAGUCCGCUCCCCUCGACUGCAGUUGUUCGUGCAUUUACAUGUGGUUGUGCAUUUAGUGCCUAGAGAGUAGAAUCUCUGUGCUGGAGGUGGUUUGUUGUUGUUUUUGUUUAUUUAAGGUGGUUUCUUCCCUAGUCCUCCCCUCCCCGUCCAUUUUCUUGAGUUGAUAUAAGGCAGACUUUUCAAAGCUUUUCAUCUUCGUUUUCUCCAGGUUAUUUAAACAGUUCCCACUGCCCAUUUGUUGUGCCAUGGUUUUUCAUUAUGUUCAAGCAAUCAUUCCUUUCUUUAACAUUUAAUACAUAUCGGACAUUGAAAACAUCACUGUAUCCUUACUGUUUGGCCAAUGUUAAUCUUAGCUUUCCUCAAUACUAAAAGCUAAUUGUUUUUACUUGAAGGCAUAGGAAACGUAUAACAAUUAAACUUUGCAUAUGCUGUAAUAAAAAUAUAUAUUUUCAAACUAAAAAAAAAGUACAAAUAACUGAAUAGCUUAGUAGCUUCACAGAGAGAAGUUACUUGCUGUAUACUGUAGAAGAAAGACAAGCUUUUUAUUUUUCAAGAGUCUUCCUGAUCCCUCAUGUACCUCCAUUUCUACUGAAUUAGGAGCCUAGUCCUGCAGACCUGUACUCCCACGAGUAGUCCCAUGGACACCAGUAGGUCUUCGUAAGGUACAGAGGCUGCAAGACCAGUCCCUAAGUGUUGCACACAGAUAUAUGUAUAUAUAUAUAUGGGAAAAUAUCUAUUGCCAUUCUUGCCAUGAUCAUCUUAUGGGGUUUUAUUUCAAAGCCCUUCUCCUCCAGAAGCAAUGUUUUUCUGUCAUGCAUGAGUGAAGGAGUAUGUCAGCUCCCCCCUGCCCUCCCCUCCUCGAGGCAAAGGAAGCAUGUGCUUGUUUUAGGGAUCCUUUAUUUCAUUUUGUAUGUAACUAGAUGGCCUUAGUAACCAAGUAGGGUAGGGGUGGAUAUUGCAUGCUAUCCAGUGACUUAGAAAUACAUUUUGCUUGUUAUGAGCAGAGCGUUGAUCAAAUAAGAUAUUUAAGAUAAUGAUAGCCACCCAGAAGACACGUAAUUUGGAACAAUAAAAAAAAUUAUUGCCACCACUUGCUUGCAGAAUUUUGCUUUUAAAAAUCAGUUAGAAAAAAUCCCUUGUAAAACUCUUACCAUAAAAACAUAUAAGAUGACCAUGGCAUAAAUGGUAGGAUAGGUUUCUUUUAAAAAGUUUAUCAUGCUACAACCAAGACUUAUGAAUUAUAAUACACAUUUUACAGACCUUUGACAAAAUCUAUACAGGACAUUGUUAUCUUAAGAAACUUGCUUUUUCUUUUUCUAGAUGUGACUGAAUUGAUAAAUAGAAUUCCCAAUCCUGCUUCUGAUGAAGUUGUUUGGAAUUUCAGGGCUUAUGCAAAGAUAUGGCCAGAUCUUACAAACUGCAAUUCACAUGACUAGUCUCACUGGGUUAGUCAUGUGGACUAUUCACUGAAUUAAAAAUUAGCAGGAUUGGGUUUAAUGUGUGGUGGUGAAAGUGUGGCAAUAGAUUUAGGAGGGUCUUUAUUUUCCAACUUUAUACAAUUAGUAAUGAGCAACUUUUUUUUGUAAGUCACUAGUCUGUGAUGUAAAAUGCUCCAAAAUAAAACUGUAAUUGAAGAAAGGCACCUUUAUGUUAACUUAUAUUUUUGUUACAGUAUUUACUUUUGCCUUUUUUGAAAGUUUUCUAGAAUGUAGAGCAUCUGUGAACAACAUGAAUAAGUAACUAAGCACAAGCCUUUCGCAGUUCUCCUGAUUAUAAUUAGCUUUUAUACUAUAAAAGCUACUAUGUUGUCCCUUGAUGGUUAUGUGCUCAUGGUGUUUCCAUGCAGAAAAAGGAAAUCAAAAAGCAUCUGUUAGCAAAACAAGAUUUAAAAUGACCAGCUUUUGAUCAAUGGCAGGAAAAGAGUUCCAAGUCCUACAGAUCGUGUCCCGCUUUCAGAUGGGUUGAGGGUGUUUGACACUUGCCAGGAAAUAUGUAGCAUCUUCAGAAGAACACUCUCAACACAUCCAGCUGUUUCUAUAAACAAGGUACAUGAAAUACUAUAGAAUUAGCUGUGUCUGCUUUUAGUCUAAACACAGGCAUCUUGGUUGGCUUUGUUUGAGCUCGAUGCCUUGGGUCUAACCAAAGGCCAUACAAAAGGGAGCAUUGUAGCUUUUAUAAUAAAACAAUUGGAUUAUUCUACCAACUUACAGGAUUACAAAGCAGGUGCUUUUUAUUAAUUGAUGAGAGCAAAAGCUCAUUUUUGAUAGAUAAUAUGUAUUUAUUAAAUGUAUUAACGUGUGUUUUAUAACGUACCCUUUUUUCCGCUGAUUGUUGCAUACUGGUAUCUUAUUAAGGACAUCUUUAAAGGAUUUUCAAGACAAUCAAUGUGUACCAUGAUGACUGUACAUAAGUAUACAAAACUACAAAGGUUGUAAAGCAUGGGCAAAUGUUUUAUUUUCAAAAUGCUGUUCUUAACGAGAAUAAAGGCUUUACUAUUUACUUACAA